ACACUGUGCACCCGAGUAAACAGGCACACUUUCGACUUGGGCAGUUCGUUCCGUCACAAUGAUGUUCUCAGUGGAAGCCGCCGGACUGUGGAAAGCUCCCGUCCUUUUAGCGAUAUGCUUUCAUCUCUCCUGGAUGUGCCCUGAGAGCUUGGCUCACAAGCAUCAGAACAUAAGUGUCAGCAACUGCCUCAGUAUUUCAAAGCAGCUGCUGAGCGAGGUGAAAGAGAGUCUAACGCACCCCGACGUGACCGGAGGGUUUAACUGCACUGAUAAUGUUCUUGCACUGGACGACAUCACUGAGAACCUCACCAGCACCGUCUGGUCCUGCUCCCCUGCCCAGGAGUCUGGUAAAUGCAGGGAUAGUGGAGUCCCGCAAGGAUGCCGAUUCCCAAUUGAGCAGUGCUUUGAAAAUAUUACUGCCGAUUUACAAAUCUACCAAACGAAGCUAUAUAACUUCACCCACAUCACCGGGAGCCUGAUAAAACAUAUCCAGCAACUUCUGAAGGCUCUCAAUUCUGAUUCAAUGUAUGAAGAAGCAUAUUUUGAAGUUGGGUCAACAACAGAAACUGAGGAGAAACCUAACUUUCCCCAGAGGAUGAUCUUGUGCAAAACUUUGCAGGCUUUCAAGUUGCGUACCAUCACAAUCACCAGAGUGAUGAAUUAUCUGAAUGACACCAAACUCUAA